GAAAUUUUCUUCUAAUAAUAAGAGAAGAAAAAGAGAGAGAGCAAAAGAAACCGGAAAUGGCAGAGACGGCGUCGUCGGAGCAGCAAAAUAAACAUGAACAACAAGCAUCAUCAAUACCAUCAAUUGCAGAGGAUGUGCGUCGUACUGUCUCGGAAUUCGGCCUUUCCGUCCGGGAUUUGGUUUUCCAGUACAGAAGCUACGAAGAUACUUUCUUCCAAAAGAUUAAUGAUAAGUUGAUAAGGGUGAGGGAACAUCCGGCUGCGGCUGUUGGUUUUGCCCUAUCCGCCGCUUUCGUUCUCGUUCCAGGCCCAAGAAAGUUUUUGUUUCGUCAUACAUUGGGUCGUCUACAAAGUGAGGAGGCACGGUUUGUUAGAGCUGAGAAGAACGUAAAGGAGUUAGGCCUUUCUGUUGAUCUAAUGAAGAAAGAGAGCAAAAAACUGCUUGAAAGGGCAGCACUUGCUGAAGAAGAAAUGCUACGCGGCUAUACUGGCCUUAAGCAUGCUGGAAGGCAAAUCCAACAGUGUGUGAAGUCAGUUUGUGGGGUUGAGGCUCAAGCUGCAGAUUUGAUGGAUAUGCUGCGAGAGAUCCCUGGUAGGGAGGCUUUGAAAAUUCGAGCAGAGAUUGCUUCUAUGACUUCACUUCUAAAGCAGCAGAGAAUUACACUGGACAAACGGAUAACGAAGUUUUCUGAAUUAGGGGUUCCCUCGAAAUAAUAGAAAUAUCUUGAGGACAUUCCUUGCUUCCCAGUUCUGCUUUUGUAAUGAUCCCAUAUUUUGCACCGAAGGAAAGGAGAUAUGUGGUAAAGGAUAAUUUGGUUGCUAUUUGUCAUUUUCCAACAUCUGUAGUUCUAGUAGAAUUGAUCUGGUCGAUAAUUUGCUUUUGGUUUUGGUUUCACUUGGCCUGGCUUGAAAUCACUUUUAAGUUAAUUUAUAUCUGUAACGAGCAUAAGCAUAAUUGAUGUUGGAA